UCCGCUUUGUUUAUGAAUCAUAAAGAAGGAAAACAGGAAAUGAUCAAUGGUAAUUGAGUAAUUAAAUACUAUUCUCCCAACCCAUCUCAUAUCUUUAUGAUAUUUGGGAAGUGGAUACGUUAUGCUAUUAAACUGCCAUUAAAAGUUCAAAAACACACCUUUUUUUACUGCCCCAGUUACCAUUAUAAGAAUGUCCGGGAACGUGAACAUAUGUGAAAUAACCCCCGAGGUAAAGAACGCCUUGAAGGAAUUCAGGUUUAGAAAAGACACUGAUACUGGGGCACUUAUAUUGAAAGUGGACAGAGAAAAACAACAAAUCAUCCUCGACGAGCAACUAGACAAUACAACUAUCGAUGAUCUCCAAGAAAACUUGCCGAGCCACCAGCCCCGUUUCGUCGUUCUUUCCUAUAAGCAAGAGCACAAAGAUGGCAGGAUAUCUUACCCACUUUGUUUCAUAUUUUUUACUCCCAGAGAUAGUCAUGCCGAAUUGCAAAUGAUGUAUGCUGGCUCUAAGUUGUCUUUGCAAAAAGAGGCCGAUGUUUCUAGGGCCUAUGAGAUUAGAGAGCUUGAGGAUUUUACCGAGGAGUGGUUGCUGUCCAAACUUGGAAAUUAACCAGAUUUUAUUACUUAUGAGUCAGCAAAAUAUUUUUAAAAGUUUGUUUACACGUUUUAAUCUUUUAGCUUGACCUUAGGUUUACUUGGGAAGGGUUAUUAACUUGCCACAAGCCUACUACUACUGGUGAAUCAUUGAACUUAGUGACCUCCCAAGUGAACUUUAGGACUUAUGUAGUUUUAUUGCAACACAAAAUAAUUGGUUCCUAUUUAAAGCAGAUUUUUUUGUUCAAAAAAAUAUGUAUUAUUAUGUAGGUAAAAUGUUUAUGAACAUUGUUGCCAAUUUGUUUUAGUUAGGAAAGAUAAUUUAUAGCGGCCAUGUAGCACGUUCUUUGAAAGUUUAUUAUCAGGAAUGAUUCUCAAAAGUUGUAUUUUAUCUUUAAAAUAUCAAAUAUUUUUUAUUCUAUAUGUUUAUUCCUACAUGAUUGUAUAUAUUGGCUUUUACCUUAUCAUAAGAUUUACUCACAUGGCAACGAUUAAAAAUGCCAUUGUUGAGAAUGUGUAUUGCCAAAAACAUUCCCAAAGAAAUUCCCCCAAAAAACAUUGCAAAGACAUAAUAUACAGUAUUUGAUUUUUUUAUGUAUCUUUAUGCUGAAAAUUUUAAUAUAAUGAUUAUUCCAUAA